AUGGCUUUUACAUUCGCAGCUUUCUGCUACAUGCUGACUUUGGUGCUCUGUGCUUCUCUGAUCUUUUUCGUGAUCUGGCACAUCAUUGCUUUUGAUGAACUGAGGACGGACUUUAAGAACCCCAUUGACCAGUGCAAUCCUAUCCGAGCAAGAGAGAGGGUGCGGAACAUCGAGAGGAUUUGCAGCCUGUUGAGGAAGCUGGUGCUCCCGGAAUAUUCCAUCCAUGGUCUGUUCUGUGUAAUGUUCAUGUGUGCGGGGGAAUGGGUGACACUUGGCCUGAACAUCCCCCUGCUAUUCUAUCAUCUAUGGAGGUAUUUCCACCGCCCUGCUGAUGGGUCAGAGUUACUCUAUGACCCAGCCUCAGUAAUGAGUGCCGAAAUCCUGAACUAUUACCAGAAAGAAUCGUGGUGCAAGCUCUGCUUCUAUCUCAUCUCCUUCUUCUACUACCUGUACAGGUAA